AUCUUUUUGUAGGUUGGGGGUAAUUUAAAUACAUGAGGCACGUGUUGACUGUUUAUUAUAAAUACUAUAUAGAAAUUAUUUCUUUAAGCGAAAAAUGAUUCGCUAUAAUCGUGAUGAUGACGAUGAUCCAGACAUGGAUGACAUUGAAAUGUCUGAUGAUAGUUCGGAAAAAGUUUCAUUUAGUAGAAAAAAAACUGAAACAGUAACGGAGGUACUUGGUUUCAAAAGUGAUGAUGACGAUGACGAAGAUGAUGAAACUCAAGAAGUUUCAAUGGAUAAUGACGAAGAUAUACCCAACACUCGAGCUUGGGGUAAAAAAAAGAAAACAUAUUAUUCCACGGAUUAUGUCGACACCGAUUAUGCAACGUUAAAUGAAAAGGAUGAGAAGCGAGCAAAAAUUGAGGAAGAGGAAGCAAAAAUUAUUCAGAAACGAAUGGCAAAAGAAUUGGAUGAUGUUGAUUUUUCUUUGAAUACAAUAACAGAUGAGCAAACAGAAUCUAAAGAAAAUAUAAGUCAUGUUAUUAAAGUAGACAUAAGCAAAUUUAGUAAUCGGCAGAAAUUCGAAUUAAUGGAAAAGGAAAGUCCGGAAUUUUUAGUAUUACUUCAAGAUAUUAAAGAACAACUGGCUGAAAUAAAAUCUACUCUGAAUCCUUAUUUGAAAUCGAUGAAGGCCAAAAAUUAUUCAAAUAACGCAGCAUUUCAAUUUAUUCAAAAAAAAUAUCAGACAGCUUUACAUUAUUGUGUUAAUAUUAUAUUUUACUUAACUCUCAAAUCAAAACGUUUAUUUUUCAAUUCACAUCCAGUGAUUAAAAGGCUGGCACAAUAUCGACAGCUUUUAAAUCAAAUGAAUACAAUUCAAGAACAAGUUUUACAAAAAGCGAAAAAAUUAUUGGAACUAUCGGAAAAUGAAAAAUCUUUGAAAAUUGAAGAUGGAUUUGUAACGUCACAUGUUAACAGAAAACAACUGGAACAUUUGAAAAGUAAUGAUGAUCUGUCUGAAGAAGAAGAAGGAAGUGAUAAAGAAAUUACAGAGCCGUUGGAGGACAAUAUUGAAAAUAGUACUGAAAGAAGAUUAAUAACUUACCAGAUAGCAAAAAAUAAAGGACUUACUCCACAUCGUAGUAAAGAACAACGUAAUCCAAGAGUGAAACAUAGAAAUAAAUAUCGAAAGGCAAUGAUCCGAAGAAAAGGAGCUGUUCGAGAAGUUAGAAGAGAACUUAAACGAUAUGGAGGCGAAAUGUCUGGUAUUAAAACGGGAGUAAAGAAGAGUAUCUCAUUAAAGUAAUCAAUACUUUAAAGGAGAUUUACAAAGUAAUGAAAGGAAUAAAUUCUAACAAAUUUUGGAUAUAUGCAUUUUUAAAGAUUUAUUUAUAAAUUUAUAAAUCUUAAUACAAAAGAUGAUUAAUAUCUUAUUUGAAUGAGUUUAUUUGUCUCUUUAAUCUAAUUCUUCGUUAGAUCAUUAAACAGUAAAACAAAAUUUUAUUUUAUUCUAUAUAUUAAAAAAUAGAAUAGUUUCUUACAAAUGUAAAAUUAAAAUACUGUUGAGAAAUAAAAUAUAGAAAACUUAUUUAUUAGA